AUGGGCUCCACUACUGAUUGGGAUUCUCAAGUCGUGAUUGGCAACCGAGCCAAAGGACCGAGGGUGGUGAAAGACGAGUCCGUUGUGAAUGCAGCUAGACGAGCUGGAGUGGCUGUUGGUACUGAGAAGAAAACGGUUAUUAACGCCGGUCACGCCGGGCCUGAUCACCAACGUAUCGCCAAGCUUGAUCGAGUCAACGAAGUCGCACCACCUCCAAAGGUCUCACCCUCGGUAGGAAAAGCGAUGAGUCAGGCACGAAUUGCUUUGCAAAUGACCCAGAAGGACCUCGCUACCAAAACUAACGAGAAACCCAGUGUCAUCAAUGAUUACGAGGCCGGUCGUGCUGUCCCUAAUCCUCAGAUCUUGGCUAAGUUUGAACGUAUCUUGAAAGUCAAAUUGCGUGGAAGCGACAUCGGCAAGCCCCUUGCACCUCCGUCAAAGAAGGCAUGA